AUGGCCGAACACCAAUUUGCACCCAGGGACCUGGAGAAGCAAGCAGAUGCAAGCACAGUGAGUGCACACCAGGUGAAAACGUCCGCGUUCAAGAGCCUCGGCCUGCUGGACCGUUUUCUCGCGGUGUGGAUCUUCCUGGCCAUGGCCAUCGGCAUCAUCCUAGGGAACUUCGUCCCCAGCACUGGACCUGCACUGCAGAAAGGACAAUUUGUGGGUGUCUCGGUCCCGAUCGCUGUGGGCCUCCUGGUGAUGAUGUACCCGAUUCUCUGCAAGGUGCGCUUCGAGAGCUUGCACCGGGUCUUCAAGACUCGCGAGAUCUGGAUCCAGAUCGGGUUCAGUAUCUUCGUCAACUGGAUCAUUGCUCCGUUCUUCAUGUUGGCACUAUCCUGGGCCUUUCUCCCCGACGAACCCGAACUCCGCCAGGGACUUAUUCUAGUUGGGCUGGCCCGAUGUAUCGCCAUGGUCCUCAUCUGGACAGGCCUCGCCGGCGGCGACAGCGAGUACUGCGCAAUCCUGGUAGCCGUCAACUCCCUCCUGCAAAUGGUUCUCUUCGCGCCGCUGGGUGUUUUCUUCAUCCGGAUCAUCAGCGGCGACCAUAUCGCCUUCCAAUACGCCACCGCCGCGCAAUCCGUCGCUGUGUUCCUGGGGAUUCCGCUAGGAGCCGCUGUGCUCACGCGGUUCGCGCUGCGCUGGGCCACCAGCCCGCGGUGGUACGACGAGGUCUUUCUGAAGUGGGCCAGCCCGUGGUCCCUCAUCGGACUCCUGUUUACGAUUCUCGUGCUCUUUGCCUCGCAAGGCCGGCACGUGGUGCAUCAGAUCGUGUCCGUGGUGCGGGUCGCGGCGCCGCUGAUCGUCUACUUCGCCGUGAUCUUCUUCUUGACGCUGCUCGUGGCCUACCGGAUGGGGUUCGGGUACCGGCUGGCGGCGACGCAGAGCUUUACAGCUGCGAGCAACAACUUUGAGCUGGCGAUCGCGGUGGCGGUUGCGACCUUUGGGGCGGAUAGUAAUCAGGCGCUGGCGGCGACGGUGGGGCCGCUCGUCGAGGUGCCGGUGUUGUUGGGGCUCGUGUAUGCGGUCAAGUUGGUGGCGAGGAGGGUGGGCUGGAAGGAUUAG